UCGAGGCGGCGGAGUCGUCAGAAUGUAAACAUGGUGACAGAAAGGUGAAACACUCUCCAAGAUGGUCUUCGAAAGCGUGGUGGUGGACGUCCUCAACCGGUUCUUAGGGGACUACGUCGUCAACCUCGACAGCUCGCAGCUGAACCUCGGGAUAUGGGGGGGUGAUGUCAUUCUGAGAAAUCUUGAAAUAAAGGAGAAUGCCUUGAGCGAGCUUGACAUCCCUUUUAAAGUGAGAGCCGGUCAUAUAGGACGGCUGGAGCUUAAGAUCCCAUGGAAGAACCUCUACAAUCAGUCAGUGGAGGCCACUCUGGAUGGCGUCUAUCUGCUCGUAGUCCCAACAGCAAGUAUAAAGUAUGAUGCAGAAAAGGAGGGGAAACAGCUACAAGAGGCUCGACAGAGGGAGCUACAGAGGAUAGAGGAAACAAAACUGAAGGCUGCUGAGCAAGAAAACCCCAAGUUAGAGAAGCAGGACACCUUUGUGGAAAAACUGGUCACUCAGGUCAUCAAAAACCUGCAGGUCAAGAUCUCUAACAUCCACGUACGGUAUGAGGACGAUGUCACCAAUCCAAACUGUCCUCUGUCAUUUGGUGUGUCACUCAAAAACCUCAGCCUUCAGACGGCUGAUGAGAAAUGGAAUCCAAGUCUUUUGGAUGAGAAUUCCAGGCUUUUCUUCAAGUUGGUUCGACUAGACAGCUUAUUUGCCUACUGGAAUGUUAACUCAACUCUCUUCUCCAAUCACACUGCAGAGGACGCCUUGCAAUGUCUCCAGAGCAGCAUGGAAAUCCACAGCCAUGCCCCUGUCAGCCAUGACUUCAUUUUUCGUCCCAUCUCAGCGGAUGCUAAACUACAGAUGAAUCCCAGGUCAGACGUGGACUUCACCUCUCCUAAGUUGGACCUGAUGGUCAAUCUCAGUGAGGUGGCCAUUGAACUCAACAGACCACAGUACAUUAGCAUCUUGGAGUUACUAGGCUCAGUGGAUAUGAUGUCCCGGAACCUGCCGUACAGGAAGUACAGACCUGCGCUUCUUGUUCACAAGAAUGCCCACAUAUGGUGGAAGUAUGUGAUCACAAGCGUCCUGGAGGUAGAUGUGAAGCCUCGUCUUCACAUGUGGUCAUGGCAGCACAUUCGCCAACACAAAGAGAUGGUCAAACGAUACAGAGAGCUCUACAAGGCAAAGAUCACCAGCAAGAAACCCAGCGAGGAGCUGCUCAAACAACUAGAGGAGCCUGAGAAAACCUUGGAUAUUUUUAACAUCACACUGGCCAGACAGCAGGCUGAAGUGGAGGCAAGCAAGUUAGGCCUGCGUAUUUACCGUCCAGGGCUGAAGAUGGAGGAAGAGGAGUCUCAGGGUUGGCUCGGCUGGAUGUGGAAUUGGGGCAAAGAAGCUGAUGCACAACCAAAAGAUGUCAAGAGUGGAGGUUUUGAUGAGCUGUUAACCCCUGGUGAGAAAGCCAAACUCUACACUGCCAUUGGAUACAGUGAGGUUGCCACUAAUCCCAACCUGCCAAAGAAUUUUGAGGACAUGAAGGUCAACUUCCACAUGGAGAGGCUGUCUGUGUCCAUCAAAGACAACAAGGACAGAAAUGAGAUCAUCAGACUGACUGUGGGAGAGCUCCAGUCCACACUCACACAGAGACCUGGAGCACAAGCCAUCAAACUCACAGCCCAGCUCAGUUUGUUCGAGGUCACUGGCCUGGCCAGUAACCGGCCUGCACCAACCCUCCUUUCAUCAAGGAAGGCAGCAACAGGAGCAGGGACCCCGCUUCUCUGUAUCCUGUUUGAAACCAACCCCCUGGAUGAGACAGCUAACCAGCGGCUUCAUGUGGAAUCACAACCCCUGGAAAUCAUCUAUGAUGCAAUAACCGUGAACAGCAUGUCAGAGUUCUUCAUGCCUCCUGACGACCUGCAGCUGGAUGAGCUCACUAACGCUACCCUGAUGAAACUGGAGCAGUUUAGAGACCGCACAGCCACAGUUAAUAAGCUGUUUAUUGGUAUCGCUCACGUUUUGAUUUUAUUUCCUCCUCAGCCGAAGUCGUCGUUCACACCCCAGCUCACUCCCAGAAGACCUCUGAACUUAGCUGACCAGCGCUCCUCACUCAUCUUUGAGUCAUGUGAAAGCAUCAGCAUCACAUCUUUGGGGUCAGAGGAAGAUCUGUUCUUUGAUGCUCCCAGCUCUCCUGUUGGUGAUAAAUCGUUCUUUCCAGACAAUCCCAUGCCACUGCGCUAUGCAGACCUAAACAAAAGAAAAAGUGUGUUCAGGGACGACGCUCCAAAGAAUAUGACGGACUUCAUCAUGAAGUUUGAAAUAAGUGAGUUCUCCGUUCAGUUGUGCCGCCUGUCUGGUGAUCAGGAGGUCACAGUGCUCCAUUUGGACAUAGAGGGUCUGGGCACUGAGCUGAAGCUGUGCACCUUCGACAUGACAUCAAAUACAUACCUUCGAGAGAUCUGCCUCAGGUGUCCUGAAUAUAUGGGUGAGGCUGUGUCUAUAGCAGAUGAGGAAGUGUUUGCCUUCCGCAUGGUGAACUACACAGAUGCGACAGAAGGUGAUGCAUAUCUAGACAUGUCUAAGGUUGACACCUCUGUCACACUGACUGUUGGAUGCAUCCAGGUCAUCUUCCUCAACAAGUUUGUCUCUUCCAUAUUGGCAUUCAUCAAUAACUUCCAGGAGGCCAAAGAGGCCCUGGCUGAGGUGACGGUCCAGGCUGCAGAAAAGGCAGCAUCAGGUGUGAAGGAGCUGGCAGAGCGAAGCACUCGAAUCGCUUUGAACGUCCACUUCAAUGCACCUGUCAUCUUCCUCCCCCAGUCCUCCUCUUCCACCAAUGUCAUUGUAGCUGAUCUUGGUCUGCUGUCUGUCAAGAACCAUUUUUCCAAGCAGCCAUUUAAAAGUGAUGCUAAUAUCCCUCCUGUCGUGGAUAUAAUGACUGUGAGGCUGACUGACCUCAAGAUGUACAGGACCACAUACGUAAAUGAAGGGUUUCAGGGAGAGACUCAACUGCUGAAACCGGUCAGCUUGGACUUGGAAGUCCAGAGAAAUCUUUCAUCCAACUGGUAUCACAGCAUACCUGACAUAGGGAUCACUGCUCAUCUAAAGCCCAUGAGUCUGAUCCUCAGCCAGGACGAUAUGACCGUGGUCCUCAGGACUCUGAGUGAGAACCUGUCAGAGAAGUCCGAUGCUGUUCCACCUCCAACCUCUCCACCCACCGCUGACCCCUCCUCCGAUUCUAUAUCCAACAAAGAGUCCCAGGGCUCUGGCACCACUGGACCAGCCAGCAGUAACACGGUGGUGACAGCCGCUGUUGUGGAGACCCAGAAAAACCGCAAGCUGAAGAGCACACUCAAAUUAGACUUCAAGUUUGACUCCAUGACGCUGGUGGUGUUCAGCCCUAAUGGGAAUGAGUUGCAGGUGUUGGACUCGCAUGAUGAGGAGCUGAAGCUGGCAGAAUUUACUCUUGGCACCAUCUCUACCUCCCUUCACAUGUUCUCCGACAGCUCCAUGAAAGCCUCGGUCCGUCUCGCUGCCUGCCUUCUUGAUGACAAGAGACCCAAAAUCAAGAUGGUUACUCCAAGAAUGAUGGCGAUGCGUCCUGGUGCAGAACAGAACAUGAUGGUGGAGGUGAACUAUCGGCAAGGCCGUGAAGGCACCUUGUUGGACAUGUUGGUGCAGGACGUGUACUUGUGUGCCAGCAUGGAGUUCCUGCUCACUGUGGCAGAUAUCUUUCUUAAGGCCACCCAGCAGGGUUUUGCUCAAGUGCCCCAACACAAGAGCAGCUCUGGAGCAGGGGAGAAAAAGAAUAUGAACUCCUCUGUCACAUCUAAAGAGUCCACUGCACCUCCAGCCGUGGUGUCAAAGACGGAGAUGAACAUUCUGGUGCGAAACCCGGAGAUUGUGUUUGUAGCUGACCUGACGCGUGCUGAUGCCCCCGCCCUGGUGAUGACCACGGAGUGCGAACUAGUAAUGAAAAGUGGAGCAGAGGGAUCAAAUAUGACUGCUAUCAUCAAGGACCUCAAGGUGGUGGCGUGUCCCUUCUUGACUGAGAAGAGGAUGAACAAUGUGACCACAGUGCUGCAUCCGUGUAAAGUUUUCUUUCAUAGUUCUCAGUCUCCCACCACCCCUCAGGCGAUGGAGGUCUCUAUCAAUGCUCUCACACUGAAGGUCUCUCCAAUCAUCAUCAACACAGUAAUCACCAUCCAGUCAGCACUUACUCCCACAGUGGAAGCCCCUGAGGAGCUGGAUAGUCCUGUUCCUGUUGACCUGUGGGAGAAACGAGGCUGGAAGGAGCUCAAGCUCUGGUUCUUAGAAGAGGAGGGGGACGAAGACACAAGGUCACUGGUCCCACUGAUACCACAGGGAGAGUCUUUACAGGUGUCCAUCAAAUCAAUCUGUCUCACUCUGGAAGCUGGCGUGGGACAUCGCACCAUCCCCAUGCUCCUGGCCAAGUCGUCUUUCCAUGGAGACGUUACCAACUGGUCCACUCUCAUUAACCUACACAGCGAGCUCAACCUGGAGGUUCACUAUUUCAAUGAGGUGAUGGGAGUGUGGGAACCGCUACUGGAGCCUUUAGAAGAUGAGACAAGAGAUGGAUUCAGAUCAUGGAGACUUGAUUUGAAGAUGAAGAAGAAGCCAGUGAAGUACACACUCUCAGAUGAAGUGGACUACAAUGUUCCAGACUAUAAGACAGUCAUCACCAUUAGAAGUGAAGACCAGCUCAACAUCACGCUCUCUAAGUGUGGCCUAGCAAUGCUGAGUAACCUGGGGAUGGCAUUUGCAGAAGCUGCCAAACAGACAGCUGAGUGCUUCCAGAAGGAUGAAGCCCCGUUUGUGGUGAAAAACCGCCUGGGCCUGCCGGUGUCAGUCCGCUACAGUGAGAUGUUUCGCCCCAUCGGAGAGCAGGGCACUGACUGCACUGUGGAGCUGCCAGAUGGGCAAACACUUGGGAUGGACUAUUCAACCACAACAGACUCUGACCAGUUCUCAGCCAUGAUCUCCCUGAGUGAAAAGGACUACUUCAUACUACCUACUCCGGUGGGCCACACCUCAGCCAGUGUGAUCCCCCUGAUCAAAGUGGGCAGAGGAAUGUACAGUGUAAUGCACAAGGAUUCUGGAGUCACUCGUUUCCUGGUCUGUCAAAUUUACUCCGUGGAGGGAAGCAAGUACAUAAAGAUCCGUUCUCCUUUCCAGAUUAUCAAUCAUUUCACGAUACCAUUCAAAGUGUUUGAAGGAUCAACGUGUCUGGGUACUGCUCUGCCUACUGAAGAGUUCUGUGUGCCUCUGGACUCAUAUAGGUCUGAGCUGAGCCUUCAGCCGGUAACGGAGGACGACACUGAAGAUCAGGUUGCACAGUUUGAGUGCUCAGAGGGCUUUAGUUAUGAGGAUGUCAGGAACCAGCAGCCUGAGACACGCCUCCAACAGACCUGCCAUCGGUGCGGAAACCAGGAUGGUGUGAUGAAGGUCAACAUUGUGCCAGUAAAGGAUACUGUGACAUUCAAAAACACAGGUAGUAUCGGGGAGAACUUUGACGUGCCCUUUGUGCUCCACCUGUGGCCUUCCAUCCUCCUGCACAACCUGCUGCCGUAUCCCAUCACCUACGACCUGCAGGACAGUGGAGUUUCUGCUCCUGAAGCCACUCUGGACCCAGGCUACUCUGCACAGCUUCACACCGCCGUCAUCGACCGCUCUAAACUCAGUCUCCGCCUGCUGAACUACUUAGCUCAGGAUUGGUCUUCUGAAUACAGUCUCCAGAGUAACCAGGAGGAGAUCACCUUCAUCGUGUUCCAGUCUCUGCGAGAGGAUGAUGACGAGGAUUAUGGUGAAGGGACAGAGAGAAAGAGGGCUGGGCUAGACAUAGCAGUGCAUGUUAAAUAUGACCUCGGCCAGACAGUGAUUGCCAUCCACUCACCAUAUUGGAUGGUGAACAAGACGGGAAGGUUACUGCAGUACAAGGCUGAUGACAUCCACCGUAAACACCCUCUGGACUACGACAUGCCCCUGCUCUUCUCAUUCAAGCCUCGGUACUUCCUGAAAAACAAUAAGGUCCGCCUUAUGAUCUCAGACAGCGAAGCCUCUGAUGAAUUCUCCCUGGAUACAGUUGGUAGCCAUGGAGAUGUGAAAUGUAAAGGCAGAUUCAAAGAUUACCUGGUUGGUGUGAAGAUUGACGCGAGCAGUUUCAGUCUCACACGCAUUGUGAGCUUUGUGCCCUUUUACAUGCUGGUCAACAGGACCAAGCACAGUGUCUUCAUAUGUGAGGACGGGCAGGACAACUGGACUGAGGCUCACCCAGAGCAGUCAGCAAUUCCUUUCUGGCCGGAGAACGACACCAAGCGGGUGAAGAUCAAAGUAGAAGGAUGUUUAUUGCCUCCUCGGAGGAUUGACUUCACACGACCAGAGAACUGUCUACUGCUGCACCUGGACAACUCUCUGGGUGGGAUCAUUGUUGAUGUGAACCUAUCAGACCACGCUGCCAUAAUCCGAUUCUCAGAGUACCACGAUGGCGCGGCCCCCUUCCUCAUCAUCAACCACACCACAGACCAGACUCUUCUUUUCCAGCAGAGCAACUGGACAGAAAACAAGUGGGUGCCUGACGAGCUGCUAGAUCUCUCCUUUUCAAUGGAGGAGGAGGACAGCUCUCAGAAAAUAACAGAACAGUACGAGCUGGAGCCUGGGAGAGCUGUGCAUUACACCUGGGCCGAACCCACAGGGUCCAGAGAGCUUUGCUGGAAGUGUGGCACCUACACUGGGAAGCUGAAGAGUGAGGAGGAUCUGCGUGAGGACAUGAACAACGAGGGAAAACUGUUUGUGAUCUCCUUCUAUGAAGGUCUCCAGCGUGUUGUGCUGUUCACUGAGGAACAACGCAUCUACAAGCUGCUCUGUGAGAGUGAGAAGGCGCAGCUGGCCGAACAGGAGAUCAUCCUGUCGCUAAAGAACAUGGGCGUGUCUCUGGUCAACAACAGCAGCAGCCAGGAGGUCUCUUUUAUGGGGAUCACGAGCUCUGACGUUGUGUGGGAGUUGAAGCCAAAGAAAAAAAAUCGGUGGAAGACUCUUAGCACCAAAGAGGCUGAGAUGUUGGAGAACAACUUCAAAGAUUACAUUGAAUCUGCUCCUAUAGACAAUGCCAUCGUCGACCUGGAAAACAACUUCCAGGUGUCCUUUACUCCCAAUGGAAUGGACAUGCGGAUGCUGCAGCCGUGUGACGCUCCCCUCAGGAGGCACUUCCUGCCCGGGGUGAAGGUGGAGUACAGCGUCUCGCCGCGACAGAGUGCCUACCGUGUCCAAAUCCACCGCAUACAGAUUCAGAAUCAGCUGCCAGGAGCCAUCUUCCCCUACGUUUUUUACCCUGUAAAACUGCCGAAGUCUAUCACUAUGGACUCAGAGCCCAAACCUCUGACUGAUAUCAGCAUCGUGACCAGAACAGCAGGACACUCUGACAUCUCUCGCAUCAAGUAUUUCAAGGUGCUGAUUCAAGAGAUGGAUCUGAAGCUCGAUCUGGGCUUCCUGUAUGCCAUCCUGGACAUGUUCAACCCGGAGGACGCCAGCACCAUGAGCUCAGAACAAGAGGUGGAACUGUUUGAGAAGGACAUAGAAUAUAUCAAGACAGAGCUGAACCAUGUGUCUGCUGCUGACACUUCUGCCAUCAGCCUCUACGAGUACUUCCACAUUUCCCCCAUCAAGCUGCACCUGAGUUUCUCUCUGAGCACAGGAGGAGAAGACGGGAUGAAGUCGAAGAGAGAUACAGAAAUCAUCCCAGUCCAGUCCCUCAACCUGCUGCUGAAGAGCAUCGGAGCAACGCUCACCGACGUGCAAGAUGUGGUCUUUAAGCUGGCCUUCUUUGAGUUGACCUUCCAGUUUUGCACCACUCAGCAGCUACAGUGGGAGGUCAUCAGACAUUACUCCAAGCAGGCUAUUAAACAGAUGUACGUGUUAGUACUGGGCCUGGAUGUGCUGGGAAACCCCUUUGGACUGAUCAGAGGACUGUCAGAGGGAGUGGAGGCCUUCUUCUACGAGCCCUAUCAGGGAGCCAUCCAGGGGCCAGAAGAGUUUGUUGAAGGAAUGGCUCUUGGGGUAAAGGCUCUGGUGGGAGGAGCUGUAGGUGGUAUAGCAGGUGCGGCCUCCAGGAUAACGGGUGCCAUGGCAAAGGGUGUCGCGGCCAUAACGAUGGAUGAGGAGUACCAGCAGAAGAGACGAGAAACUAUGAACAAACAACCUAGUGGUCUGAGAGAAGGGCUGACCCGCGGUGGAAAAGGACUGGUGUCUGGGUUUGUCAGUGGGAUCACAGGGAUCGUUACCAAACCUAUUAAAGGAGCUCAGAAGGAGGGUGCAGCCGGCUUCUUUAAAGGUGUUGGGAAAGGUCUGGUCGGUGCAGUAGCCAGACCCACAGGAGGCAUUAUCGACAUGGCCAGCAGUACGUUUCAAGGGAUCAAGAGGGCGGCAGAGACGUCACAAGACAUUCAGUCUCUGCGUCCUCCUCGCUUCAUCCAUGAGGAUGGUGUUAUACGUCCAUAUAAGGAGAGGGAAGGCCUCGGCAGUCAGAUGCUCCAGAAAAUUGAGAAUGGACGUUUUGCCAAGUACAGAUACUUUGCUCAUGCCAAGGUCAAUGAUUGUGAUUUCCUCAUGAUCACCAAGAGGGGAAUAUUCUUUGUGACCAAAGGCACAUUCGGUCAGCUGACCUGUGAAUGGCAGUACCUGUUCGAAGAGUUCACCAAGGACCCGACGAUUGUAGAGGACCGGCGACUACGUAUCGAGGCCAAGGAGAGAGUAAAAUCCGUCUUCCAUGCCAAAGAGUUUGGUAAGAUCAUAAACUUCAAAACUCCUGAGAUAGCCACGUGGGUUCUUACCAAACUGGAGGACGCACGAGACAGUUUACCCAAAUACUGAAUCACCAGAGAGGAGAAAACGAUCAGAAUCAAAAGAAAGAAAGAAAACAUAUACGGACGCAGUCUGUGUGCCAGUGCCUUGGUUCUUAACUGCAUGCUCGUUUUGUUUACCUCCAUGUUUGAGUAGUUGUAUGUUGACUGUUAGUGAGUGUUGGGCUUGAGAGACCGGGGAGUAGUUUGUUUGUGCAUGCCAGCAGCAGUGCUACAAAUUCAUUUACCAUAGAUGUGCUGUCCAACCAAACACGCGUCACUGUCUUCGCUCUAUUUGCACUUGUUCAUUUGCGCGCACAUAAGAGAUAUCCAACUAUAUCUAUUUUAACAAAAACUACUGCUUGAGUCUAGAGUUUACAAAUUUACCUGGUUGAGUCAGCUGGUAAGAUUUUGAUUUCGAAUUCUCAAUAGUCCUUCUUGCCGAACUCAAACCCUCAUUUAGUUACUUAGUUCAUCUGCUUUCACUGAACAUAUUUCAAGUUGUAUUUCACUGUAGAAAUGUUACACUGCUAUAACAAGAAGGCCCGGAUCUAGACUGCUCAGAUUAGGGGGACAAUUAGAAAUUUGGCACACUUCUAGAACUGUGUGAAAAAUGUCCCACCCCUGCCCACUUCUAGAUCCGGGCCCGAUGCCAAGCUAGAAAACAUCUCAAAUGAUGGUAAGGCCAAAUAAUCUAUACUUGUUGUAGCACAUUUAAUAUGCACUGUUUAUUUUACUGGAUUGUACAAAAGGGAAACUAAUUUAGAUUUUAUCAUUAAAAUCUGUUUUCUUUUUAUUUCUCAAUAUCUUUCCUCCUUUUUUUUUUAUACAUUUCUUCAAGAUAAAGACUCUUCGGUGUGGGAUUUAGAGACGCAUGCUAUUUUUAUACUCACAUGUAUGAAGCUGCUGUGUAUUGAUCUCCUAUAAUACUCUAUCUGUAUAUAAACAUCCUAACACAAUAGUCUGUUUUAUGGCAUUGCAGAUUGUAAUUUUACGACUUUUAUGUUUUUAUACCACACGUAUGCGAUGUCAACUAUGUGGAGGAUUUACGCAGAGGAAAGUAGAUUCAAAAGAAAUGGAUGCUAAUUAUUAUCAGCUGCUGUUGACUCUGACGUUUAUAUUUUAAAGGUUUUCUUCAGUUUCGGGUGCAUUGCAGUUUAAUACGACUAAAUAUUUCUCUUGCCAAUAAUUUAGUUAUUUAUGUUUCAGAGGAUCAAAUUGUUCACUGCAGUGACUUAACUCUUUUUCUUGCUGUUUUCAAAAAAAUAAAUAAAAUAUGUGUU